GAAAGGGCAUUGGAAAGGAGACAAUCUCUUUUUGAGAUGACCUUUCAUAGAGGUGGUGAACCCUGUGGUGUCAACAUGAAAUCAAGGAGUCUAAAAAUGUUGAAAGUCCUGGUUUUGCUGCUUUCUGUAACAUUUAUUCAUGCUGAACACAGAGGGCGUGAUUAUGAAAAAUCUAAAGUGUGCAAGGAAUUCACCAAUCUGGGAAAAGAUGACUUCCAAUCUUUAUCAUUUGUUCUGUACAGCAGAAAAUUUCCCAGUGGCACUUUUGAACAGGUCAAAGCCUUAAUAGAUGAAGUUGUCUCCUUGACAGAAACAUGCUGUGAUGUGAAUGCCGACCCUGGCUGCUAUGACACAAAGACUUCAGAAUUAUCUGUCAAGUCCUGUGAAAAUGAUUCUCCAUUCCCUAAACACCCAGAAACUGACAAGUGCUGUGCCCAAGAAGGUCUUGAACGAAAACUUUGUAUGGCAGCUCUCAACCACCCACCCCAAGAGUUCCCAACAUAUGUGGAGCCAUCAAAUGAUGAAAUAUGUGACUCAUUCAGGAGGGACCCUCGGGGCUUUGCUAACAAGUUUUUAUAUGAGUAUUCACGCAAUUAUGGACAAGCUCCACUUCCCUUGUUAGUUAGUUACACAAGAAACUAUCUGUCCAUGGUGGGGACCUGCUGUACCUCAAAUAACCCCACACCAUGCUUUCUUUCAGAGAGACUUCAGAGUAAGCACCUAUCACUACUUACCACAAUGUCAAAUAGAGUCUGCUCACAAUUUGCUAUCCUGGGGACAAAGAAAACAAGAUUCAGCUACAUCGUCAAAUUUGCCCAGAAAGUACCAACAGCUAAUUUAGAAGAUGUAGUCCAGCUGGCUGAGGAUAUGACCAGCGUUCUUUCCAAGUGCUGUGACUCCAUUCUUGAGGACUGCAUGGCUAAUGCGUUAGCAGAACACACUGUGAAGGUUUGUGAGAAGCUAUCCACCAAGGAUAAGAGGUUGGGCUACUGUUGUGCAGAAAGCAGCCCCAUGGACAUUUUCCUGUGCAUUUAUUCUACACCAGCUUCUCCACCUCUCAAACUUCCAGAAAUUUUCAAUCCCACCAAUGAUGAAAUAUGCAACACCGAAAACAACGAAGUGCUGGAUAAAUACACGUACGAAAUAAGCAGAAGGAAACCCAACAUUCCAGAAGUGUUCAUCACAAAACUUCAUGGCUUAAUGCAAGAAGUUUUGCUUGAAUGUUGCAAAGCUGCAGAGCCAGAGGCUUGUCUGCGUUCCCAGAGACCAUUAGCAAGAAAGGAAAUGGCCUUAUUUUUAACCAAGGCAGAAGAACUCUGUGGUGAUUAUUCUCAGCAUACUUUUACUGAGUACAAAAAAAGGUUGACAGAGAACUUUAAGAUUAAGUUUCCUAAAGCUAAUUCCCAAAGUAUUAAAGAGAUGGUUGAAAAUCGGGCUGACUUUGCCUCCAAGUGCUGUCUGAUGAAUUCACCUCCCCUAUACUGUGGUACACAGAUUGAUGCUGAAACUAAAAAUUUCUGUGGCAAUGAUUCAUGUCUGUUGUCUUUGAGACCAACAUAAUAGAGGCCUGAACUGAAAGGGAAUUACUAAGCCUUUGGAAGAAACAUAGAAUCAACUCUUCUCUACCCUACAAAGCAUUUUCCCCAGAACCACAGAAAUACGGGGCUGACGCAAAUAAAAACAACUGAUAUGGAAUGUAUAUCAAAGAAAUGCUAUAAAAAGUGCUGUCAUACCAA